AUGGCUUCUCACGUCAAGAAAAAGCGUCAAGAUUAUAAUCGAAAAUACUAUCAAAAAUUACAAUACAAACGUGUUAAAUCAGAAUCAUUUAAUUCUGAAUAUAUUCGAAAACAGAAUGCUAGACAACAGAAAUGUCGACGAUUAAAGACAACAGCACAAAAAAUAUCAACGAAUUCUACCGAAUUAACAAUUGCAGCUGCUCAAGCACCAUCCAAUACAACUGCACCACCAACAGUCAGAACAAUCUUACGAAAAGCUGAAGGUAUUCUUCGUCGACGAGCUAAUACAAGAAAAAUGAAAAAUAAAAACGAAAAACUAUCUAAUGAAGUAAAAGUAUUACGUAAAGAAAAUUCCAAAUUGAAGAGACUUUUGUCUCAACAACAUUCAAAAGACAGUGAAACAAAUGAUAUAACACCAGCUGCAACACCGACAAAAUUAUUUAUUGAUAAUGUUAGUACAACUGCCAAAAAACGUGCAACUAAACGAUUACUCAAUAAAAAAGAAAAUCUACCUCGUGGUUCUCUUUCAAAAUUGAGAAAAAAAUUAGGAAUAAAUUUGUCUAAUAAUUAUAAUCCACCAUCUAGUACACCAUCAAUACUUCAGAAGGAUAUAGAAGAAUUUUUAUUACAAGAUGAUGUUACCAAACAAGCACCUGAUAAGAAAAAACAAUUACACGGGAAACAAAUUAGAUAUUUAUUGAACCAUUUAUCGACUAUUCAUCAACGGUUUAUGACUGAAACUGGUAACAACUGUCAUUAUUCAACAUUUACUCGAUAUGUUCCCGAUUUUAUCGUAAAACCAAGUGUCAAUGACUGGGGUACAUGUUUGUGUGCCAUUUGUAUUAAUCCACAGAUGAAAUUAGAAAAACUACAAAAUCUCAAGUCUCGACAUUCAAUUAUAAAAACUGUUCUUAUUGAUGGUUUAACAGAUAUAACAGAGCUGGUGACGGAUGAAAUUAAAACAAAAUAUUUUAUAAAUAAUUUAGCAACACUCAAACAUGAACAGUUUAAUAUAACAUAUAGUGAAUGGGUUAAGAAGAAAAAUGAACAAUCCAAUGUACCCAUUUCAACAAAAACUACAAUUACUUCAUCUAUGGCAGAUUUUGUAAACAAAUUUGUGAAUGAAAUCGAGAAUUUAACACACCAUAUUGACCGAGUGCGCCAACAAUUUCGAGCAGCAAAGCAAGCGAAACAAAUGGCAAUCGAACAAGAUGAUACCGUUACUAUACAUUUAGAUUGGUCGGAAAAUUUCAACUUAAAGCAAGCGCGUCAAGAGAAAGAUAUGCGUAUUGUUCAUGGAAGACCUCGUCUUCCCCAAACUCAAGUUCAUAAUUAUAUUAUUACUGGUAAAUCAAUUAAUGUACCAUUAUCAACUGGUUUUAAUCAACAAAAAUGUCAAUGUCAACAUUCUAUUAAUGUCGCAAGUGAAAAUGUUCUUUUGAACUCAAGUUCGAUUAGUCAUCAACAUACUUCUACUAGUGGAACUUCUGAAGUACAAUUAGUUAUUUCUCCAACACGUCCAUCACGUAGAUGUCCUUCUAAUGCUUUUAAUGAUGGUGAUUUUCAAGAUGUAUCUUAUCAAAAAUCAAAACAGAUAAACAAUCAAAGUGGUAGUGAAAUUCGUUCUCAAUUAUUACAUUAUCAUAAUGUUGCUGAUACAGUUAAUGAUAAUGUGAAUAUGAAUUUAAAUGUUAAUAAUCAUGUUACUACUGCUUCAUCAGUAAUUUCAAAUAAUUUUCCAACAGGUCAUAAUCAACACCUUCAGCUCGUUAUGCGUUGA